UUUAGCUUCACGACCCGUCCCCCACCAGAAAUUUCGGCCUCAAGUCGUCCACCUGUUAGUCCUUGCAAUCAUGGCUGGACUGUCUGCUGCACCCGUCCUUUCGACGCCGGCGGAGCAUGCCUUCGAGUAUGCCGUGACGGCGUCUGAAGUUGAGGCACAAACAAGCCCGAAAACAGACGAUGAGCUGCGCGACAUCUAUGAGAUCGCGCGGACAGCGCGGGAGAUCCGACAGGGCGCGUGGAAGAGGAUAGCCCUUCAGUUUCCAGACGCGAUGCUCAGAGAUGCACCGCGGGUGCUCCAGGCGCUAAACGCAGAGCUUGAGCCUCUUCGGCGAUCAGCGGAUUCACCUAGCGACCCGGAGAAGAUAUACAUCCUCGCCGAUACCUCGUACAGUGCAUGCUGCGUCGACGAAAUCGCAGCCGAACAUGUUGACGCGGAUGUGGUCGUGCACUACGGCCGCUCGUGCCUCUCGCCGACCUCCCGCCUCCCCGUCAUCUGCGUCUUCACACAUCACAACCUCGAGCGCGAUGAGACCCUCGCCGCAUUCGAGAAGCAAUACCCCGACAGGGACGCGAAGGUGGUCCUUAUGGCCGACGUAACCUACCAGAACCACAUCCCCAGUCUCGCGUCUGAACUGCAGACCAGGGGCUAUACCAACCUCCUCUCCACAGCCGUCGUCCGCGACCCGACCGGCCAAAUACCCAACCGAAAGUUCGUCACCUUGCAGGGCGACGACAUCCCCGACACCUCUGCUAUCGACCUAAAGACGUACUCCAUCUUCCACAUCUCCACCCCGCCAACCGCCCUCCUCCUCGUGCUCUCCUCCCGGGUGCAAGCCCUACACAUCCACCCCACCACGACCUCCUCCUCCCAAUCAUCCAAUAGCAACAACAACAACACAUUUUCCACACAACGCCUCCUCGGCCGCCGCUACGCGCGCUGCCUGUCCCUCGCCUCGGCGGGGGUAAUCGGCAUCCUGGUCAACACGCUCUCCGUGUCCAACUACCUGUCCUCGGUGGACGCCAUCCGCAAGCAGGUCGCGGCGGCCGGCAAGAAGAGCUAUACGAUGGUGGUGGGCAAGCUCAACCCGGCCAAGCUGGCCAACUUUGCUGAGGUCGACGGCUGGGUCGUGGUCGGCUGCUGGGAGAGCAGUCUGGUGGAGGAGGAGGAGCGGGGCGAGUUCUACCGCCCCGUGGUGACGCCCUUCGAGCUGGAGGUGGCGCUGAUGGGGGAUGAUAAGAGGGUGUGGAGCGGGGAGUGGUGGGGUGGGAUCGAAAGGAAGGGGCGGGAAGAGGCAGAUCGGGAAGGGGAAGAAGAGAGGGAGCAGGAGGAUGAAGAGGAGGAGUAUGAUGAGGAGGAGUCGGCACCGCCCGAGUUUGAUCUCCGCACGGGGAGACUGAUCAGCACCAGUCGGCCGAUGAGGAGGAAUGGGGCGGCGAGGGGGGUAAAUGGGAAGGCUAAGCCGAACGGGAGCGCUGCUGGAGAGGAUACAUCGUCGAGUAGCACUCUGGCGCUGCGGCCCAAGGCUGAGCUGGCUAUGGUGAACGGGGUGGUCAGCCCCGGCGCCGAGUACCUCCGGUCACAACGGACGUGGCAGGGUCUGGGGAGCGACUACGCGGAGGAGGCAAGCACCGCGAUCGAGGAGGGUAGGAGCGGACUUGCCCGGGGUUACACAGUUGGAGAGGAUGCUGAAAGGAGGUAGCACUGUCUCGUAUUUGAUUGGAAACAAAGAAAAGAUCAUCCAACAGAGCACGACUGUGCUAGAUUUAUGGUG